AUGCUCACUCGUUUUGGCCGCACCUGCCUUCCCAAGGGCGUGAACGUGCAACGCCGCUUUCUCAACAUCCACGAAUAUCAGUCCAAGGCGAUCCUGAAGGAGGGUGGCUGCAAGACGGAGUUUGGUAUUCCAUGCCGCACUCUGGAGGAAGUUGAGGCCGCACUUGGAAAGAUCAAGACGGAGCGCAAGGUGGUCAAGUCACAGAUUCUCGCUGGUGGACGUGGUAUGGGCACCUUCAAGGACGGCUACAAGGGUGGUGUGCAUGUGUGCAAGAACGCCGAGGAGGCCCUCGAGUGUGCGAAGAAGAUGAUGAACAACACACUGGUGACCAAGCAGACAGGACCAAAGGGCCAAAAGGUGAGUGUGCUGUACGUGACGGAGGCGGUGACAGGCAUUAAGCGUGAACUCUAUCUCGCUCUUCUGCUCGACCGCAAGACCGCCUCUCCCAUGUUCAUUGGAAGCGCUGAGGGUGGUAUGGGUAUUGAGGAGCUCGCACAGAAGAGUCCAGAAAAGAUUAAACGCAUGCGCAUUAACGUGCAGGAGGGUAUCAAUGAUGAUAACUGCGUUGCUUUUGCCAAGGAACUCGGCUUCAGUGGAAUAUCCGCACAGAAGGCCGCAGAGCAAAUUAAGUCUCUGUACAACAUUGGCAAGUCCAAGGACUGCACACAGGUGGAAAUCAACCCACUUGUGGAGCUGGAGAAUGGUGAUGUGAUGUGCAUUGAUGCCAAGCUCUCCUUUGACGACAAUGCGGAGUUCCGCCAGAAGGACAUCUUCGCUCUUGCCGACGCCACACAGAUUGACCCCAAGGAGGUCCUGGCGAAGAAGCACGAUCUUAACUACAUUGCCCUUGACGGCAACGUUGGCUGCCUGGUGAACGGCGCUGGUCUGGCGAUGGCCACGAUGGAUCUCAUCUCCCUUGACGGCGGCCGCCCCGCGAACUUCCUCGAUGUUGGCGGCAGCGCCACGACGGAGCAGAUCAUUGCGGCCUUCCAAAUCAUCACCGGCGACGAGAAGGUGAAGAGCAUUCUUGUGAACAUCUUCGGCGGCAUCAUGCGCUGCGAUGUGAUCGCGGAGGGUAUUGUGGCCGCCUCCAAGCAGCUGGCGGGCCGCAAGGUGCCGGUGGUGGUGCGGCUGAGUGGAAGUAUGGAGGAGGAGGGAAAGAAGAUCCUCCGCGAGAGUGGACUCCCACUUCACCCCGCGCAGAACUUCGAGGAGGCCGCAAAGCUCGCCUGCGAACUCGCAAAGUCAGCAUAA